AUGACUGAAGCAUGGGUAACAUUGGCAACAUCAGAUGGAUAUGCUAUUGGAGCGCUUGUUUUAGCUCAUUCAUUAAAAAUUCAACAAACGACGAAAAAAUUACAUUGCAUGUUUACACCUGGUGUAUCACAACAUCUUAGGGAUGAGCUUGCUACAACAUUUGAUGCCACCACUAUGGUAAAUAUUUUGGACAGUAAUGAUACCGAAAAUUUACGCUUAAUUGGCAGACCUGAUUUGGGUAUAACUUUCACUAAAAUACAUUGUUGGAGGCUUACACAAUAUACCAAAUGUGUCUUCCUCGAUGCUGAUUGCCUUGUGAUGCAAAAUGCUGAUGAAUUAUUCGAUCAUGAUGAACUUUCUGCUGUAGCAGAUAUUGGUUGGCCGGAUUGCUUUAAUUCUGGUGUUUUUGUUUAUCAACCAUCUGAACAAACAUAUUUGAACAUUUUAAAUUUUGCCCUGGAAAAUGGUUCAUUUGAUGGUGGUGAUCAAGGUUUAUUGAAUGAAUUCUUUAAAGGAUGGCGUGAUAAGCCACCAGCUUUUCGUUUACCUUUCAUUUACAAUAUGACCUAUGGAGCAGUUUAUACUUAUCGAGCUGCUCUCAAAAAGUUUGGUACCCAGGUGAAAAUAGUCCAUUUUCUGGGUUCUGUAAAACCAUGGCAACAAACACCGGAUAGAGUUCAUGUAUCAGAGUAUUUUGAUUACUGGUGGUCAUUGUUUAGAAAUCGAUUGACCUCAAAUGUCAUCGCAUUACAUGUGAGUUCGCCAUAUUUUUCAUCAUCACCUCAAUGUAUCACAGAAAUAAUCCUCAAUACUAUACGAACAUCAGCUACUGCUUCCACAACAACAACUGCAGCAACAACAACAACAACAACAUCCGAUGUUAUAUCUGUUACCAUUCCUUUCAUUUGUGACGAAACUAUUAGUACAAAUGAUCGAAGGAGUAUAUUAUCAUCAGUAUCAUCACACAGCAACCUAUCACCUGAUCCCUUAUGCAUGCGAGUUUUCCGUUGUAAACCACCAUCUUAUGAGAAAUGGAAACUAUUCCGUCAUUCACCCAUUCAUAUCGCUAAGAAGAUGGCGAAUUUUACACUUAUGCCAAGUGUUACAUUUCAAUCUUCAUCACAAACCGAUGAAGAACGUAUGCGAGCUUGGGAAGUUGGACAACCGGAUUAUCUUGGCGCUGAUUCUUUUGCUAAUAUUCAAAAAGCGAUCGAUCAAGCAUUGAAAUAA